AUGCAUUUUUCCAAGGUCCUCAUCACCGCCGCCGCCGUCUUCAUUCAAGGCAGCCUUGCAGUCAAGGCCUUGGUCUACGCGGACUAUGACUGCAAAGGCGAGGGCACCGAUGUCAAGGUCGACAAUAGCGCAGCCUGUGAUGGAGAUGUCCCCCGAUUCAGGUCUUACAGGGAGAAUGGAUGGGGACCGGGCAACGGGCAGAGAAUCGCCUUCUACCAAUCCGGCUCAUGCACCACCGACUCGUUUUUAUACGACACAUACUCACGCAAUGGAGAUUACUUCAAAUCAAAGCAAUGCUACAACAUCAAGGGUCAUUCGGUUUCGGACACCGCUGCGAGUAUGAAACUCUCCUAGCUCGGUGUGUUGGUUUGGCUCAGGCUAGGGGCGUCGACUAUGCGCAUCGAGCACGCCAUCAACCGCCUUUCUAGCUCCCGCGCGACCGG